AUGACUAUCAGCAGGGCUGUAGCGGUAGCGUCGCCACCGCCGUCAUGGCUGCCAUCGUCAUUGCCACCGCAAGGCUCCGUCAGCAUCGCAACCACUUUGCGUCCACUGUUUUCCAAAAUAGCGCAACGUUGGAAGCAACUCAAGCAGCAUAUACUGAACCAGCCGCAACAUAGGCCGGUACAACGCGAAGCGCAGCAGCCGCUGCAGCCGCAACCACAAUCACCUAAGCACCCGCCUCAGCAGCAAACACAGCCGCUCCAGCAGGUGCUGCCAAAGCUCCAGGCGCAGCAGGCGCUAGAGCUAGCUACCGCUCCGCAGCAGCAACAACAGCAGCAACAGCAGCCAACGCAGGCGUCUCAAUCUUCUUGCGUGGCGUCUGCAGCGGCAACAGCGAACGACCCAACAACAUUUGGUGCCAUUAAUCCAGCAACCACAACAAUAACAACGGCAACAACGGCGGCCAGAGUCUUCUCGCGUUACGAUAGUCUUGAGGAGCUGCAGCAGCGUACGAGCAGAAGUGGAAGCGCAAUCGGAAUAUUGCCAGUGGUCGCGGCACAGGGUCCACAAGGAUCGCGUGGCAGUAUAGCAGUUGGAGCUGGGGUUGGCGCGGCGGGAUUAUAUGCGUCUGCGGGUGCACGUUUACCAGUAGCCGGCGGUGUUAGCGGCAAUAGUGGAAGCGGCAGCGGUGUUGGUGUGCGCGGUUCGGGCGGUUCGCGCAGUGGUAGCAUAGCACCUGGAUUAGAUGGUCAUCGUGCAGUGCUGAGUACCAGUGGAACAGGCGUUGUAUCGCCGGCUGGUCAACAGUUAAGUAGGGGCAGUGUGAAUGGCUAUUCAACGGCAGGUGCAGCAGUUGGUAUUGGUGGUGGUGUUGGCAUCGGAGGUGGCGGUGGUGCGAGCGGAGGUAGCGGUUCACAAUUAAUAGGUAGCACUACCACGACGGCACGAGGGCGUCUUUCAAUCAGUUCACCAUCUGGCGCUGGUGCAAGCGCACCUACAGCGAUACAAGGUGGUGCAGCCACAGCGAAUGAAUUCUUAUUAAUAGGCGGUGCUGGUGGUGCAGGCGUUGGUCAAGGAAGUAGCGGUGUCGGUGCUGCCGCAGCUUUUCGAAUGUUUUCUCGAAAUUAA